AUGGAGGACUUGCCCCUUCCUUCUAUCUUCGAUCAAGCUUCGAAAAUCCAUCUGAAAGCAACAGACUCUGGUUCUAAUGAUCAGGAAUUGGUGAAUAAGGGAAUUGAAGCACUGGAGAAAUGUGAGGAAAUGAUAAGUAAACUGGGCUUGUUUUCGUCGAACGAGACUAAAGAGGAUAUCAGCACUGCCAAUCUCAAGUAUAUUCUGGUGCCAUUUUAUCUGGCAGAGCUGACUGAAAAAUUAGCUCAGGGUGAUAGGAUACAAAUUUUAAAGGCUUCCCAGGCAAAGUUAAAGGAAUUCCUCUCAUUUUGUGAGGCAAUGGAACUUGUACCAGAGGAGGAGUUGCAAACAUUUUCUCAAGGUGCUCCAAAUGCUUCAGUAGAUCGAAGGGCUCUAAAGAUUGCCAGAUACAGACGCCAAAGAGCUGCUGAAGCAAAGCUGGAGGAAAUUAAGGAGCGGAAAGAGCGGCGUGGUCGUUCAACUAAAGCUGCAGCAGUAUCAACUCCUGUUGAGGCCGGGGAGGAAGACAUGCUGGAUGAUGAUGGAGAAGAAGAGCGGGAGGCUUGGAUUGCUACCAUUUCUUUGGGAAUCUGUAAGGCAAUUGAUCUGCUGGAAAUGCUGAAGAAGGAGGAAGAAAUGCUUUCAGCAGUAAAGGAAAGACAACUAAAGGAAGGGGACAAAGGUUUUUCCCAGACUGUUCUUGAUGAACGUGCCAAGAAAGCCGAAGAUUGGCAUCGUGGUGCUGCUGUAAAAGCAAGGUAUACUCAACCUGCACAGCCUAUCACAUGUGCUACUUUUGCUCAAGAUGUUCUGGAAGGGAGAGCAAAGGUUUCACAAGCACAUGAUCACAAGCACCUGCCAAUGACAUUCGGACCAGCAAGUAUUGUGGGUGGAAGCCUAACAAGUGAAAGGGAAAGGAUGAAAGCACAGGUCUUCCAACCUGGCCAUAGGUUGCCAACCAUGAGUAUAGAAGAAGCUGGGUUAAAAGAGAUGGAGAUUAUGAAUAAAUGGCAAGAGAGAAAUGUUAAACUCAUGGAAGAAGCCAACUCUGCAUGGUACAAGGACAAUCCGAAAUUUAAACCAAGUGAAGAAGAAGAAGAUGAAGAUGACGAUGCUGCUGUAGAGAAGGCAAGGGCGUUUGAUGACUGGAAAGAUGAUCAUCCUCGGGGUGCUGGCAAUACAAAGCUCACCCCUUGUGGUUAA